GUUUGGUGAAGGAAGCAAGCAUUCUCGCCCAAAAACCAAGCUGGAGCUGCUCGCUGAACAGAGAGACGCAAAGCGUCGCCGCGUAAAUCAUAAAAAAGUCCACACAUCUCGGAAAACUCACACAGAGGUGUUACGUGAAGUCAUUCGCAAUCAAAUGGAGUACUUAGCAUCUCAAGAAAACAAGAAUGAUUUUAAUGCAUAAUUCUCACCACCCCCUCAAGCUUAUUUGAGGUAAAGCUUCAUUUAAACUAAAGUUCUCCUGAAGAUAACAUGCAUCAGCACUGGAAUCAAACUUUCCACCCUUCUGUCAGUGAAAAUUUGCCAACUGGUUAUGAUAGUGAUUUUUGUUCCCCUGGUAGAUGGCAGCCAGCCAUGAGAAACACUUUACCUUGGAGCCUUACUAGGCCUCCUCAGAGUGUGCCAUCUCAGGUUCCCUUAAAUUAUCCUAACAGAUCUUUGGUGUAUCAUCCCCGAGUCAAUGAGAGACUUGCAGAUUACUAUGGACCAGCAACUAAUUUUCCUUAUGAGGGCCUUGCCGCUUAUCAAAGUUUUCAAAGAAGAUUCCAAAUGUUUUCUGAUAUAGAUCACCAGAGAUCUAAUGACAAGUUCUAUGGACAUGAGCCCCAGCUUGUCGAGAACAAAAUUUUAGAGUCCAGAGGUCUUCUGAGAGAACAGAGUGGUCCAACUGUAGUAAGAGCAAGGCAAUUCAGUAACUCGGAUCAAUUUCACUAUUAUGACAAUCAAUCUAGUGGAGAAAGAUUGUCUUCCUCCAAUCCAGAGCAAUGUCCAGCUCCUAUGAACUCUGUGUUGAAUAGCUGUGAUACUGAGUUAAUUGAUCCCAAUGUAAACACAGAGAUUCAACAAAAUUUCAACUAUAAUCUGAAUACAAUGGAAGGAGAAGAUACAAAUGAUAAUUUUUCUCAAAAUGCCAAAAAUGCAAAAUUUGGGGAUAAUAGUAAUCUUACUACAGAUCGGAACAGACAAGACCUACAUUUAAAGUAUGGUGGUAUCACUGAAGUUGUUGAUGAAGAUUCGGUUGAGAUUAUUGAAGAGGUAUUUAAUACCUCACAAGAAAUUAUGUUGACACCCACAGCCAUACCUCAAAAUUUACUUGUCCGUGGUUCAGCAGAGAAAGCCAACUAUGUCAGUGUCAUAAGACAUACAGGUUCUUUGAUUAGAAGUGACAAUGAGGCUCCUGAUAAUUCCAUCAUAAUUGGGGACCCCUGUGCUGUGUUCAUGGAUUGUAAUAAUAAUAAUAAUGAUAAUAAUGCAGAAGUAAAAAGUGUGGAAUCCUCUAAUAUUCUAGAGAAAAGGAAAAAUAUGGUAUUUCCUCUCCAAGGCACAAUAAUCAAUUGGAAUGGUUUGAAAAAAUUUCGUAAUUUUGCACUGACUAAAAGUCAAAAGUUCAGACCAUUUUAUGAACUGGAUAGUUUUAACAUUUCUCAGAACUGUGAACCCAUUCAGUAUUAUAUCCAUAAAAAAGGAAACAUGGAGAAGUGUUCUAGCUUCCUUUCAGUUUUGGUAUUUCCCUUCUACACUUUCCAAAUCUCAAUUGAUGUAUACUUUUUGUUUUUAAAUAUUUGUACACACUUCCAUAUAUUUUUCAGUGGUCUGAAAAGUUGUCUAACCUAUUUCACCAUGAUUUCAAAUCUAUCCCAUUUUUUGGUGGAACAGAAAGCCAAACCUGCCAAGGAUGAAAAAUUAUGUCUUGCAGAAAAGUCUAUACCAUUACUUUUUGGACCAGUGAAACCAGAAAACUUGCCCUACAAGAUUUGUUCAGUUCUACCAGAUAAGCAUUUUCAUGGAAGUAGACAAAUUCUUAUAAAAAACAACUUUCUAUAUUUCAGGAAAGGUCAAAAUGAUACUUUUAGACCCUUGAAAAUUUGUGGCAAUUCGCCAAGUAUGUUAAAAAAGUCGAAAUUGAAGAAAAUGAAACUACCAGAAAUACUUCAUGCCAAAAAUGGAUGUAGUAUUCCAAUUUUUCUUUUAAAACAGCAAAUUUGUGGUACAUGCUCAGAAAUGGAAUGGGAGGAAACCUUAAUUGAAAUUUUACAAGCUUCAAUGACUUAUUUUCAAAUUGAAAAUAUUGUUGAAGAGGGAAUUGUCUUCGAACAAACUAACUGCAACCAGGAUCAGUCAAGAAUAGGCGAACAGGAUUAUGGUAAUAACAAAAAGGAAAAAGUAAGAGGGAUAUCAGACACAAAAAUAGGAAUGUACGUUGUAAAACCCAUAUCUAUCAGGAGAGCUCAGAGUGCAAAGAAGUUCAACAAGAAUUUAUUCAGUGUCAAACCAACUUGGGUUUAUUCUGACCUAAAAUUAUUUUUUGAGCAGGUAGACUCUGACAAUGAAAGUUUUGUCAGCAAAAGCAAGUAUGGAAUUUUUGAAAUCAAGCCAAUUAUGAACUGCCUUGGAAAUUCACCUCAUGUAAGAGAUGAACCAUAUACAGUAAAAUAUAUAAUGCCAGAUGAAAAAAUUAAAAUUUUGUUGAUUAAAGAGCAAAAUGCAAAAGCUAACAAGAAAUCUAGAAACAAACUUGAUGUAAUUUCUAGUGAGAAGGGUUUUUUGGUAAAAGAAAUAGAUGACCUGUCUAACAAUGACAAGAAAAACACCCUGUUGCUUUUGAAAAGGGACAAUGGAUAUGAAAAUGUUGGACAAGAACCUAUUCAAAUAAUUCUUGAGAAGCUUGGGAUUCAUGGUUACCCUUUUCUUGUCAAUGAGGUGAUUGAAUAUUCUUCAGAACCGAUUUCAAAACCCCAAAAGACCCUUGCUUACAGUUCCAACCAAAAGAAAAACCAACUAAUAGGAGGAGUUGAACCUAUGGCACCUAUCUGUUUAGAUAUCGCAACUGUUCUAAAUUCUUCUUCAGAGGCACUUUCAUUAUUGGAUACAUGUGAAAAACUUGCAGAAAAUUUUAUAAGACAUGGAAUCUCAGUAAAACAAAAAUUUGGUUGUAUGAGAAAAAUAUUUUCAGAUUCUGAGCAAGAAGACCUACUGAAAGUUAUGUGUGAGAAAGGUGAUGCAAAUGUUUAUGAGGCAGUUCGAAAGUAUUUAAAUGUGAAUUUUAAAGGAAUCGGUGAAUUUAAAAAUUGCAUGGGAUUUAGGCAGGUGAAGGGUGUGCGAUCUGUACUAGCUCAAGGGAAUAUUACUAGAUCUGAUGACAACCUGUUCCUCUUUUAUGAUGUGCCAAUGCGAGAUGGCCGAUCACAGCUGUCAUUACAAGUUGUUAUUAAUAGGAGACUGCCAAAUGAAUCUCAAAGUUUAAAUUCUGCAGAGGUACGUCCAAAAUCAGAAACAGAGUGUUAUUCUAUCGAUGAAGCCACCCAAUUGAAAGUGGACAAGGAGCAGUUUUUCUCUCCCAAAAGGCAGCAAGCAUCACAGGAUAUGGAUCUCGAACAAGAAUUGGAACGAGAACUUGAGAUGAUACAUGGAGAAGCACCAUCUCACAAGAGUCUUCUGAUCCAGAAUACGUAUGAAAAAUCAAAUAGCAGCACAUCACUAGAAUUUAUGUGUGAAAACAAACCAUUAAACCUUAUUCAAAUUGGUUCUGAUUUAAGUGAAUUGAAAGUGCUCGAGGAUGCUUCUACUUAUAAUAAACUGGGUGUUCAGAUUCCAUUGACUCAUUUUACGUCAAACGAGAUUCUUCACAAUGAAUAUCAAGAUAAUCCUCAUUAUUUGAAAGUAGAAUCAAGUCCAGAGAUUAAUUUGUCCAUUUCAUCAAUCAAAUCAAUUCAAAACUGUGAUGAUUUGACCAGUGCACAUACAAUCAGUGAUCACAACUUGUCUAACAAAAUUGAAAAUUUGCAAGAUGUUCAAAACUUUGGUCAUGAGUCUUCAGAUGAUGAGGCCUGCCAUCUUCAACUUAAAAAACGCAUGCUUGAUGCUUAUUACUCCAAUUCAAACCCAUCUCACCCUAAGUACCGAGGAAGAAGCAGCAGUCCCCCUUCUAAAAAACCUCGACAUAGCCAUGGAGUCAGGAAAAAUCAUAAACUACUUAAAACUCUAAGUAUCCAACAGUACAUCGAUCGCAAUCCUUUAAAAGAUGCUGAAGCAGCUGAAAUAAAUCAUAGUCCUCAAUAUGUUUCCCUCAUGUCAAAGAACAAUUUUGUUCACACACCCUCUCACAUCAUUGAUUAUCCUCUAAAAUUAGAUAAAAGUAAUAUCUACAACAGAAAUCAACAGUCCCAUAAAUGUCAGUAUUCAUCAGUAUUACAGAAGCUACAUGCAGGCCUAAAGGAUAGGAAACUAUUGCACUCACAAAAUUGUGAUGUUUGUUUCAAACAUCGUCCACCUUCCCAUUUUUCUCAGCAUUCUCCUUCAUUUGAGAUUAGAAAUCCUAAACAACGCAAUCGCAAAAGGAGAUGUAGCGAGUCUGAUUCUUUCCCAAUGCCCCCUGUUAAUCAUCCUUGUUUAGUCUCCUUUGAGUCUAUUCCAUCAUCAUCCAUUGAGGGUAGUAUUUGCAGGUAUUGUGAUAAAUCUUUCAACAGACACAGUUAUAGAGAUGGUCAAUAUAAAUGUCCCAAAAUAACAAAAAAUGGCAUUAAAAUGUAUCAAGAACGCACUUGGAUGAAAUCUUAUAAUUCUAGGAUGUCUUCUAGUCAUGGAGUGACAAAACAUAACAGUAGAAUGCAUGCUGAUUGUUUUGCAAAAGAGCAAAAUAAUAUAAAAAUAUACACAGACCCAGAAUGUUUUGAAAAUAUUGUCGCUUCAACUCUAACAAGGGAAGAUGAAGAUGCUCUUCAAAGAGUUGUUACUGAAGGAGAUAUUUUCUUAUACUCCCCUGAAAAAAAACCUGUGUCACAAGAUCCAAGAUUUAGAAAAAAAAAUCUCAAUAAGGAUCCUCUUGAAUCAAAUAGUAAUAAAAAAAUUAUUGCUCCUAUCAUCGGUAAACCAACUGUGACUUCUGUUCCUAUGCAUGACAUGAAGCCAAUUAUAAAGUAUGACGGAAUAAACUUAAAAGAUACAUCUACAAAUUCAGUGAAGACACUUAAUAAUAGUGAAACAAUCAUGAAAUAUAAUGAAAAAUGUUUAAACUUUUUGAAGAAACAGGCUCAGUAUUUCUCUGACAACCCUGAGGUUCAUUUUUACCCUCUUCCUAUUGAUAGCUUUGACGGGGCUCAAAGCACUAAUGAAAGUAAUAAAACUUUUGACUUUAAAAAUUUUGGGAAUGAUCAACCAGAUUUGUCUGAUUCAAAUCUUGCUCUAGGAGCUCAACCUGCAGCUAGUCCUGGCCAAUGGACUUCCACUUUGACACCAUUUGCUGCCUUGAGCUCUCAAUAUGGUGAUUCUAGCAAUAUACAAAAAAAGAAAGUCAGCAGAAAGGAUGAACCAUACUCCCCAGGAUCUCCUACAAGCACACUUUCAGGUUAAAAUUAACGAAGCUGCAAUAAAUGGACAGUCAAAGUUAAAAAGAAGUGAAACCUAGUUUUUUACAACUACAGUUCUAGAUGUUCUAUGAUGUCUAUCAUGUUUUUCAAUUUUGAUUGAAUAUCUAUAGCAAGACUUAAUUUGGUUUUAGUGCUCCUCCUCAACAAGUUUUGUUGUUAUAUUUCGGACAUUUUGAAGUAGUUCUACCUUGGUCCUAGGUGUUACAGCAAAUGUCGGACCUUCACCCUCGACGGCGGGUGGAAUUGGAAAAUACAAUAAAAUGAACAGCAAGUAGCAUCUGAAAUAGACUGCUAAGUAUUAAGUGGUAAGAACUUUGAAAAGUAAAAAUAACUUUUGUGCCUGAAAUAUCUGUUUAAUAUCUAACAUUAGUUGUAUAAAAUAAGUGAUGUAAGUUUAAUCCCUGGCUAGCAGGAUACCUGAACUUCUCAUUGGUUUGUGUUCUUAAUGUGCAUGAUGUCUUCAUUGUCAUUCUUCGUUUAUACAACAUAAGCAUUGAAGGAUUGAUUUGAAAAGUAUUUUAUCUUACUACCAUUAAUGCUUGAUCUGGUGAUGAGAGAAAGCUCUCGCUUAAAGUGGCGAGUUGGCUCAUACUGUGAAUUCCUAUCGAAACUUUAAACUAAAUACACCAUAAUUUCAGUUUUCAAAUAACGUUUCCUAAAAUAUCAACCACAUUCAGAACACAAUUAGAAAUUUUGAGUAUUGAAAAAUAAAUAGGUUGUUAUUAGGCUAUUUACUUUUGAUGUAUAAUUGUACAAGUAUUUUACCAAAAUGUUUAUCUAUCUAUUAAAUUGCGCUGUUUUGAUUUAAAUUUCUACUUCUGAAUGUACUUUGAAAAUGUAUGAACUUAGUUAGCUUUGGUGAUUAGUAUUCCCAUACAUGAAAGAUGAAAGAAUUCCUUCCUUUGAAAAUGUAUGUUUUCUACAAAAAUUAUGGUGAUUAUAAAAAUAAAAAAGAAUAAGAAGAAAAGUUAAAGAUUUGUAUUUUUACUUUGCAGGUGUUUUGAGUUGGCAGGAAAUUUAAUCAAUUGGAGUGAUUAUAAUUGUAGCGUUGCCACUAAUGGGAUAUACUCCUUUUGUUAAGAUGUGUUGUAAUAUCUUUUUUGCUCUGAAUGUUGUGAAUUCAGUUAAGCCUAUCCUAUAUUUGUGAAAGGAAAAAUUUUGCUCUCUAUCUUGAAUGUUGAACAGUAAAAAAAACUUUGUUAAUAUGAUAGGUUGCUCUUCCUAUUUUAAGUUUUCCUCUCAGGUGCUUCUCCCUCAGGAAAACAUUUUUGUUUUGCCAAAUAACUGCUGUUGCUCAUGUACUGUAUGUCCUGCAUUGAUGUAAUAAAAUAAACCCUAAG